GAUUAAAAGAUAGAAUAGUAGAAAGUAAAGUUAAUGGCAAUGCCCAACCUUGGUUAGAUUCUAAAUAUCCUCUUGAUAAAAGAAGUGAAGUGGAAGAACUAGAUCUUAGCAGUUUAGGAUUACAAGGAGAAUUAAACUUAGAAGGAUUUACUAAUUUAAAGAGUUUAGAUUGUAUUAAUAAUUUUAAGAAUGGAGGAAAUAUGAAAUUACACUAUCAGAUUAAAACUUUACCUAAUUUGUUCAUAUUUAUACUUCUUAGAUCCGAGACUACCUCUUUAAUAUUAAAGAAAAACAAUAGAAAAAGACCACUUAAUACUCCACAAUCUAAAUCAGCUGUAAACAAAAGAUUAAGAGAUUUUGGUAAAGAUGCAAAGAAUUUAAUUGAUUCAUUAAUUGAAUCUUAUAAUAUGAAUGAAGAAGAAAGUCAUGCAAUCAGCCUUCAUAAUUUAGAAUUAGAUUGCAAUACAGAAAAAAUAAUGAUAAAUUAUAAACAAAUGUAUGAACGAAGAGAAAUUGAUGCUAUUGUUAGAGCCUGUGAUGAGUCAUUUUUGUCACGUGAACCAUAUCAACAUCUAGCAGCAAUAGAUGCUUCUCUUGUCCGUGAAUAUAUUGUUUCAGAUCAUAGAAAUACAAUAACAAAUUCAAUCAAUAAUGAUCUUAACAUAAAAACAUUUAGUAUUGAUAAAAUUGUUAAUGAUUUGGAAAUGUUUGAAGAAUCUGAAAAAUCUGAAAUUAUAAAAUUUGGUGAUACACUUAUGCUUAAACUUGGUGGAGAUGGUUACAAUAUUGGUCAUAAACAGAACCAUGUGAUGUUUACUGUUUGUCUUUUAAAUCAAGGCGAAGAGGUUCUAAAACCAGAGAAUCAACAUUGGUAA